AUCCAGCACUGGAGUGAAUAAAGCUGCCAACGUUUAAAGCGAAUAACGCUCUUUAAUAAACUAUAGACAUAAAUGCAGACUGAUUUAUUCGCAAUUACAUUUUCCCAGUCACUAGUGUGUCUUUACGCAGUGUAUAAGAUACGAAUUUCACCAACCCAUUUAGGUUUGGUUGUCACUUCAUAAAAACGUAAAGGCCUUCAUCCAGCAGUGAGUGCCAUUGGUAACGGCUGAUGACAUGCUUUACUCUCAUCAGGAGACGUAAAAGUAGCAAUCUAUAAUUGGGCUCGUAUACAUUACUAGUUUAAGCGGAUUUAUGUAUUAAAAACGCAGCUGCCUGGAAAUUAGGAAACCUUACGCGAUUACGUAUAUGUAUGUGUUCUGUGGAACCGCUAUUUGGCUUAAAAUAUACUUUAUUUAGAUUCCAGACCAUUCAUUAGCUGCGCUCGUGUGUUAAUUAUAUUAUAAUCAAAACAAACUAUCUUCAUGCAAUGGUAUGGCAACGACCUGCCGCUUACGUAAACACGGCAAUCAUAAAGAAACGCGCUUGAUCCUGUUGUGAAGGAUUAAGCAGAGAACAGCAGCCACAGAUGUAGUUAGCUUAGAGGAGUCAAUCUCAUUCCCUUGAUAUUAAUAGACCCGGUGGCGACGUUGUGUUCGUUUGCUUGCAUCUUUGCCCUUCCGUUCAGCGAGCAGUGUGACUUGAGAGUUUUGAAGGGGUUGGUGGUUAAGUGAUGCGUGAUAAAUGGAAGAGGGACUACUCGGUUUGCUAUCCAUCCUACGUAAACUGAAAAGUGCUCCUGAUCAGGAGGUUCGCAUACUCCUCUUAGGACUUGACAAUGCAGGAAAAACCACUCUACUCAAGACGCUUGCAUCAGAAGAUAUAACGCACAUUACCCCAACUCAGGGCUUUAACAUCAAGAGCGUGCAGUCGCAAGGAUUCAAGUUAAAUGUGUGGGACAUCGGCGGACAGAGGAAAAUUAGACCUUAUUGGCGAAACUACUUUGAGAACACUGAUGUGCUGAUUUAUGUGAUUGACAGCGCAGAUAGGAAAAGAUUUGAGGAAACAGGGCAGGAAUUGGCCGAACUCCUGGAAGAAGAGAAGCUGAGUGGCGUGCCUGUGCUCGUCUUUGCCAACAAGCAAGAUUUGCUGACAGCCGCACCAGCUUCUGAGAUCGCUGAGGGGCUCAAUUUGCACACCAUCCGCGACCGCGUCUGGCAGAUCCAGGCCUGCUCAGCCUUGACGGGGGAGGGUGUGCAGGAUGGGAUGAACUGGGUAUGUAAAAAUGUUAAUGCGAAAAAGAAGUGACCCUCAACCAUAUGCAAAGCACUGUUGCCCACAUGUACAAGGUAACCUCACUCAUCCAGUUUGAAAAAAGUUUGUUUUAGUUUUGUUGUAAAUUGUAGAAUUAUGAGACUGAGAGAUGUAAUUUCUAUUGCUCAUGGAAAGGUAAUCUUUACAAAUCCAGUAUAUACAAACUAUUUGCUAUAAAUGAUGCAACACAAUUUAUCAUUCCCAUAUGUGAUGAAAAGAGUAGAAAGGGUAGAGAAUUUGACAUGUAUAAUUUACAUAUUUUUUUCUGCAUUUCUGUACAAUAAAGUUAUUUUGACAAUUAUGGCCAUGUUUUUAGAUAAGGCUUUGUACACCAGGACAUUGUAUGCAGUUCUGUCUGCUAUCCUCCGUUUUAUGUUCAGCGUUUUGUGGUUGGUGGGGAUAGGGGCUAUUCUGCUGGCAAUUAAAAGUCAACUAUUUAAAAUGGCAACUUCGGUUCUACUUGCAAUAUGAAAAUUAAUUCUAAAAAUGUAUUUAUCUAUUCACUAGCAUUCUAGUUAUUGUGGAGUGCAAUCCAUUUUGGUGGUUUGUUCAUCUUGACAUUACAACUGUGCGUAAUUGAGAAAAACACUAAAUCUUAGGAAAACUAGUAACAUGUUUUAUUUGUUUAUUGGAAUUACAAUAUAAGAAGUUAUGACCACCCCACACAGUAAAUAUCUGCUUUACAUAUUUCAUUAUGAACUGUUUAUGCUGGUUGUCAUCUAUUUGUGUUCUGAAUCAAUGGAAGUAAAGUACAGUAGUAUGAUUUGUGUACCCAUUUGGGUACAUUUCUGCAACUUAAUAAAAAGUGCACAAUUUUUA